GGAAGUUGUUGUUGGAAAGCUGAAGCGUUAACAAGGAGUUCACUAUUUGGCAGGAAAACAGCUGCCUGUUUUUUUUAGUGUAUUGGCAGCGACUCCUCUGUCUCCAUUAUGGAGGCGGAUCGGUCCGGAGGAGGAGCGGGCGGGUUGAACUCGAACCACAGCGGUAAUGGUUCUGGUCGGAACUCGAACGGUCCCAAGUCUUCUCCAGUGGGAUUAGGAGCGAUGGCCGCGUCUGCCCAAGAUCCGGAGUUUCAAGAGGGGGAACCGGGCCUGUCUCUGCCCGGGAUUUUACACUUCAUCCAGUUUGAAUGGAGCCGUUUUCAGUCCGAAAAAUACCGAUGGGAGGCCGAGAGAGAGGAGCUGAGGGCCCAGGUGGCUUUCUUGCAAGGCGAGAGGACAGGGCAGGAGAAUAUGAAGCAAGACCUGGUGCGCAGGAUCAAGAUGCUGGAGUUUGCCCUCAAACAAGAGAGAACGAAGCAUCAGAAACUCAAAUCGGGGAAUGAACCGGACCAGGGCGAGAAGACGCUGGAGACGCAACCAGAACUAGAACAAGUGUCCAAUGGGCCGGCAGAGUCGGACUCCGAGCAGGGAAAUGCAAUGUCCUGGAAGGAAGGACGGCAGCUUCUACGCAAGUACCUGGAGGAAGUGGGGUACUCUGACACUAUCCUAGACAUGCGCUCCAAGAGAGUGCGCUCUCUUCUGGGGCGGAGCAGCCCGGAGGUGAAUGGCUCGGUUCCUCGACCUGGCCAAUCAGAAGAGGAGCCCCAGGCAGGGGGCGGGGUUGGGGGCAGAGAGUCUCUCCUUGUCAAGCAAAUCGAGGAGCAGAUUAAGAGGAAUGCUGGGAAGGAGUCAAAGGACCGGAUCACCAGCUCUGUCAUGGACAAGAUCCCCUUCCUGCAGGGCUGUGAGGAGGAGGAUGACAGCGAUGAAGAGGAAGACUUCCAGGGCAUCUCCACAGACUGCCUCGACAGGUCCCGGCAGCACAAGAAAUCCAGAGCCAAGAUUGGAGCAGAGCCCCUGGGAGCGGAGGUGGAGCCAGAGGAUGACGAGGAGGAUGAAGACGACUCUGAAGAUGCCCUGAGCGAGUUUGACUUCCUGGGGUCGGGGGAGGAUGGAGAAGGGGCUGGUGAGGCUCGUAUCUCCGGAGAUGGAAGAGAGCUCGAAAAGCAACGGAAUAAACUGCAGGGCAUGCUGUCUGAUUACAGAGAUGUGGACGGGCUCUCUCCCAAAGCAUCCAUUCCUUCAGCAGGGCCUGGCCAGUCUCGAGCUAAUGAAGGGGGCGCUCUGGGCUUCUCCACGGAUGUCUUCAUCCUAGACACUGUGGGGGGCGGAGACAUGAAUCUGGGGGAGCUUGCUGACCUCACUGUCGCCAAUGACAACGACCUUACCAUUGACCUGCAGGACAGCCGGGAGGAGUUCAAAAAGACGUGGAACGCGCGAUUCACGCUGCGCAGCCACUUCGAUGGGAUCCGGAGCCUCGCCUUCCACCCCAGCCAGGCUGUGCUGCUGUCUGCAGCCGAGGACGGGACCCUCAAACUGUGGAACCUGGACAAGGCAAUUUACUCCAAGAAGAACACAGCUCUGGAUGUGGAACCCAUCUAUACCUUCAGAGCACACAGUGGUGCCGUGCUGUCCCUGGCGAUGGGAGACAGCGGGGAUUGCUGCUACAGCGGGGGUCUGGAUGGGAGUGUGCGCUGCUGGAAGAUCCCUGACUUGAACGUUGACCCCUACGACAACUACGACCCCAGCAUUGAGAGCAGCGUGCUGGCUGGCCACACCGAUGCAGUGUGGGGCCUGGCCUUCUCCCCGGCUCAGCACCGCCUGGCGUCCUGCUCCGCUGACGGGACCAUCCGCAUUUGGGAUACCUCCAAGACCCCCGCCUGCCUCAGCGUCUUCAACAAGGCCAAGGAGCAUGGGAUCCCUACCUCAGUGGCCUUCGUGAACUCUGACCCCACGCAGGGCGUGGUCUCUUACAGAGGGGGUGAGACGUUGCUGUAUGACCUCAACACUGAGCAGAGCAUCCUGGAGCUGGACACCAAGAGCAAGGAGGGCAGCGCUCUCAUUAACCGUGUGCUGAGUCACCCUUCCCUGCCCGUCUCCAUCACUGCUCAUGAGAAUCGCAGCAUUCGAUUCCUGGACAAUAAAACCGGUAAAGUGAUCCAUUCUAUGGUGGCUCAUCUGGAUGCUGUUACCUGUCUGGCCGCGGACCCCAAAGGCGCUUACCUCAUCUCUGGCAGUCAUGACUGCUCGGUUCGGCUGUGGACGCUGGACAGCCGGACUUGUGUCCAGGAGAUCACGGCUCACCGCAAGAAACACGACGAGGCGAUCCAUGACGUGGCCUUCCACCCGAGCCAGCCCUACAUCGCCAGCGGGGGCGCCGACGCGCUCGCCAAGAUCUUCGUCUGACAUUCUCACCCAGACCCUCGCCCGGGCUGAUGUCCUCUCCUUACUCGGUGGCAGGACUUGAACCCGGGCUUUUGCGUACACAGCGUAGCACUCGGCUCAUAAGCAGAGCGAACCACACCAGGGCAGGUUGGUCUUCCAAACCAACAUCACAGCGCUGCAUUUCAACUGUAUGAAUAAAGCAAACCAAGCUCAGGGCUCUAACAUCCACUCCAGAACAGCACUGCAGUGUUAAAGCUCCAUCUGCUGCAUUUCACACUAAACUAAACCUCUCGGUAUCGAUUGGGAGCCGCACACCACAGUCUCUAUGGGAGGCUAUUGAUUAGGGAGCGAUAAGGGACCAGCGUUGAUAUUGACCUCUUCCAUAUGCUAAACCAUGUGAAGAGAUCAAAGUCACUCCUCUGUCUGAAUUGCAUGGAAUUUUAGGAUUGAUAAUUGUAAUUUUAAAAAUUUUAAAAUCCUAUAUGGACAUGACUUGGGUCACAUUUUUCAGUUUUGGAAAACUACAAAGGCUGUAUAAUUCAAUAUGGUAAUGUAACACUAUUCCGCAGGUUUCAUUUGAAAAUGAGUUCAUUCUACAGGGUGAUGCAAAACUAUUGGCGAUAGCUGUGUGUUUAAACUUCCAACUUCAUUUUAAAAGGCUUCAAGUCAAAUUCAACUAGUAUCUGCGUUGUUUGGGGUUGAGACUCAAUUUGUUAAUUCCAGCUUGUCCAUUCGUGUGUUGGUUGCUAUAAGCUAUAUUAAAUACGAUAUGUAUGGUUAAACGUACAAUGUAACCUAAUUCAUGUAAUAAACAUAUGGUGGAUUAGGGUGGCGCUAUUAAGAUCUGUUGCUGUUGUAGAUCAUAACCCCCAUUGUGGAGUUAGGCUUUCGUAACUAUGAAAUCUCUCAAGUGUGACUUUGAUCAUUUUACAUGUGUGCUGUUUGUAUGUGUGUAGGGUGGCUAUAAAGUCCCACAUUGCAUCCGCUGUGGAAAAGUACAAAAUAAUAAAGCCCCAUAUUUCUCUGUUUUAUUGUGACAGCAACACCCUUUUCAAGAGCCUGUGUUGUAAGUGUCUUUACUUCAAGGAGUGAUUUUUAAAAUCAAUUGUUUUGUUAAAUUAGGGAUACGCAGGCAUUUUUCAGAUCCCGUUAAAAGUUGCUGUUUCUUUCUGGUUUAGUACCGGAUCACUUCCAGUGCUCCCUGUAAAUUUCGGGCCAAUGGUCUAGCUGCGAUCCGAUCAUGUGAUCUACACUACAGGAAGUGGGUAGGUACAGGAAGCAACAGUGUGUGUGUGUAUAUAUACCACAUCUCCCAAACUAAAUUAAAUAUAUAUAAAAAAAAAAACCAUCACAGCGUGAAGGGUACCAGUGAUAAGAUUACUAGCACUAAUGGUCAUAACCCUGUAUUCUUUUGAUUGAAUGGCCUUGCCACAGCCGCUGCACAAAGUGGACUAUAUCGCCAUACAUGUGUCUGUGUUUUAAUGCAUUUCAGGUCGCUGAGAUAUUAAGUGUCAUUGUAAAAAGGAAAAUGUUUUUGAUUUGUUGUUUUAUUCUCAGUGUGUCAAACCUGUCUUACUAUUUACUGUAUGAGGAAAUAAAGAAACACAUGUGAAGUGGCAUAUGGACAUCCCUGUCUAAACACUAAAAUGGGGUUAAUCCUGAUGCUAAAACAUGUUUUAAUCAGGGACCAGCUUGAAGGGGGGCUAAAACGAUACCGAGACUUGAAUAGAAGUCCUUGCAGUCUUCAGUGCCUCACCUUGUUUGCCGGUCGAAUCUGGUUGUGUUUGUGUUAAACUCGCCGCCACAUUCCAGUACAAUUUCCAGACCUCUCUGAAACAGAAUGCUUUUAAUAGGAUUUCCUGCUUCUGCAGGACUGCAUCAGCUGAUCGUGGUGGUGUUUGCAAUAACGGUGGCAUCGCAUUAAACGGUAUUCUGAGUGCUAUGCUGCAACAAAUCUGUUUUAGACUUGAGGCGAAUUUGGAAAAGCGCAGUUCUAAAUGUUAGGAAAUAAAUUUAUAGUUAUUUUACACAAUAUAGUUAUUUUAUUUAAUGUAAUUUGGAAAAGGCAUUCUGUAAAAUGGCUCAGAUAGGACUGUAAGUUAGUUCAGAUAAGUACCACCACCACUAUGCACUUCUGUUACUAUCAGUUCAAUGAAAAUCAUGAUCAAUAUUUAGUGUUCCACAAUCAUGUUCAGGUUUACGUUAUUGAUCCAUGAUGCUAGAUGCAUCUUUCCAUGCCAUAGUUUUAACCGAUUGUGGAUUACUUUGUGAAAAAGUAGAUCAUGCUUUAGGCUGUAUUUUCAAGGUUAUCUCUGAUUUCAUGAUUUCCGUGAAAUGUAACCAUUGCCAUGUAAUAUGUAGUUCCCGUGAAAAUUCACAUUUUUGAAAGAGUAGUGUAAAUAUAAUUAUAUUUAUCACAAAAAAAAACAAAAACAGCAGACGUUUGUCUGUUACACUGCAUUAGAAACCUGGCAGCCGCUUUAGUUUGCUUCCGGUAAAUUAUUGAACGCACUGUGUAGAGCAGCACGAUGUCUUCAACAAAAAAAGACGCCAGCUGCAUCAAAGAUCUGAAUUAAUAAUUCUGCUAAAGAUUGCUCUCUCUAGUACAAGAAGGGGACAUUUCUCUAAUUUAUGUUAGAUUUUUGUUUGAGAAUUCACUGAUGGUGAAAAUAGGUCUUUUAAAAGGUGGACAUUAAAAUCAGAAUAUUCUACAAUUUAGCAUUUACUGUUUUUCAGGUAAGCAUUUAAAUCUUUAGGAGCAUUUGUUGUAUAAUAACUGUAGAGAAAAUGAUCAAUUGCGAUUUUCUUCUGCUUUAAUAAAUAUUCUAAAUAUUCUGAUUGGUCCUAAAAGUAGUUUUAGCCUCUGAAAACGUGCUUUUAUUGCUACUUCCAGUAAGACGUCUUAAAACUCACAUGUAAGAAAUCACCCAAUAACUACGGAUUUCUUAAAAAUCAUGUACAUCUUCUCCUUUGUAUAUAUAACAUGCAAAAAAAAAAAAAAAAAAAAUUCCUCAAA